AUGAAAGCUAGGUGUGUGGCGGGUUUGUUUGUCAUCCUGCCUUUGGCGGGUAGAUUGACAGUUUCUGCCGUCGAGGCCGGGCAAAACCCAAACCAUGUGAUUCAGCAGCUCAAGCAACAGAUUGGUGACCAGCAACAGGCCGUCGCUGCUUUGGAGAAAGAGGUUUCUGUCAUGCUAGGAGAACUACGUUCAGGGAGGCAAGAUCUUCAAGUUGGCGGGGCAGGCGGCCUCCGCUUGGAAAUUAGUUAUCCCCAGCCAGGGGGGGCUGGUGCAGAAGCAGCAAUUUCCGAGGCUGCCCACCGGGAGGCAGAGGAGGAGGCUGUUGCUGGACCAAUUCCCGUUAUGGUUAUUAAGCCCUCGUCCGUAGCCGACGUGGAAAACGCCAUGACACAGGUUAUGGAGCAAGAGGCCGCAAUGACUGGGCAGCAGGAGGCUGAAGUGGCUGCCCCAGCACCUUAUAAGGUGAAGUCUCCCGAACAGGAAAUGGACGAGUCAAUUGCUGCCAUCGACAAGCUCGAAGCCGAGAAGACGCACUACAAGUACGAUAUAGAGAAUGUACAGAGGAAUUAUGUUGCUUAG